AAGUAAGGGUGCAGCGGCAGCGGGCAGCGGGCAGCGACACACCUGGUUGGCAGGUGCAGAGGGACGCUCAGCGCAACACACCUUCAUCCAAUACUGACAUGACUCACCUUGUUGCCCCGGAGGCACGUGUGUAACGUGUGAUCCUGGGCUAUACAGAUAAAGUGGGCCGGGCUCGUGCGUUGGUGUCUGUCGGUUUCGGCGUGUGUGUCGUCAGCGCGCGGGACGAGGAGUCUUCCUCAGGCUGUCUGUCACACAAGGCUUGGGUUCUUCUGGGUUCAGUGGGGAAAGACGCUCAAACCAUCUAAAACCAGCCGAACGCCAUGCAGUCUGCUCUGUGACACCCGGUAGCUCCGCCCCGCAGGAGCCGAACCUCCCUGUGACACCACCCACCGACAGUCUGCAGUCAGCGCUGGUCCGGAGCCGCGCCGAGUCGGGACGUCCUGCGGAGAAAUGCUGCCGCCGCCGCCGCCGCCGCUGCUCCUGCUGGGCCUCCUGUGCGCCGGCCUGCUGCUGCUGCUGCUGCUGCUGAGGAGCUGCGGGAGGACAAGAAGAAAAGGAGAACCUCCGCUAAUAAAAGGCUUGAUUCCUGUUCUUGGCAAGGCUUUCGAGUUCAGGAAAGAUACCUUUACAUUUCUGUUAGAACAAGAGAAGAAACAUGGAGACGUAUUCACAGUCCAGAUCGCAGGUAAAUACAUGACGUUCAUCAUGAACCCCUUACUGUACCCCUCCAUCGUCAAACAUGGUCGACAGCUGGACUUCCAUGAGUUUUCUGACAAGGUGGUGCCCGCCACAUUCGGUUACCCGCCCGUAUUCAGCGGCCGCUUCCCGGGUAUGCAUGAGCAAAUCCAGCGCACCUUCCGGCUCCUGCAGGGCGACCAGCUCAGCUCGCUGCUGGAGAGCAUGAUGGGUAAUCUCAUGCUGAUCCUCAAGCAGGACUACUUGGAGUCUGGUGGCAGCGAGCCCUCGGGUUGGGUGGCGGCAGGUGAAGCGGACCACCGUUGGAGGACAGACAGCAUGUACGAGUUCUGCAGCAUCUUCAUGUUUGAGGCCACGAUACUCAGUAUGUUCGGCUUGCCGCCACACGGCAAGCGCCACAGCGCCAUACGGACGCUGAGAGAGGACUUCAUGAAGUUUGACAACAUGUUCCCGCUGUUGAUUGCACAAAUCCCCAUCUGGCUGCUGGGAAACACCGAAGGCAUCCGCAGGAAACUCAUUGACUUCUUCCUACCGCAGAGAAUAAUGAGCUGGUCCAACAGCUCCCAGUUCAUCAAGAAGAGAAUCGAGGUCCUCGAACAGUACAGCUCACUGAACGACGUCGAUAAAGCAGCUCAUCACUUCACCAUGCUGUGGGCAGCCGUGGGGAACACAGUGCCGGCCACAUUUUGGGCCAUGUACCACCUGGUGAGCCACCCGGAAGCUCUGGAGAGGGUCCGGCAGGAGAUUCACGACGUCGUGCAGCUCAAAGACCUCCGAGACCAAGACGCGACGCUCUCCAGAGAACACUUGGACCAGCUCCUGUACCUGGAGAGCGCCGUCAAUGAGAGUCUUCGCCUUUCUUCUGCCUCCAUGAACAUCCGGGUUGCGCAGGAGGACUUUGAGCUGCAGCUGGAGGGCUGGGGCUCUGUGGCAGUGAGGGAGAGAGACAUCGUUGCUCUUUACCCACAGAGCAUGCACAUGGACCCCGACAUCUACCCAGAACCCCAGAUGUACAAGUUUGAUCGCUUCAUGGAGGAUGGUAAGGAGAAGACGGACUUCUAUAAAGAUGGCCAGCGGCUGAAGUAUUACCGCAUGCCAUUUGGCUCAGGUUCCAGCAUGUGUCCCGGACGCCACCUGGCCGUCAACGAGAUCAAACAGUUCCUGUCGCUACUGCUGCUCCACUUUGACCUGCAGUUGCUAGAAGGUCAACCGGAGGUCAAGCUAGACUCCAGCCGGGCUGGUCUGGGCAUCCUACUGCCCGACAGCAAUGUACACUUCCGCUACCGGCUACGCGCCGCCUGACAGAGUCUGGGCCGGAAUGGACGAAUUUUUUUCCCUUCCUCCUUUCCUCCCCAAUUGUAUCCAGCCAAUCACCCCACUCUUCCGAGCCGUCCUGGUCGCUGCUCCACCCCCUCUGCUGAUCCAGGGAGGGCUGCAGACUAUCACAUGCCUCCUCCCAUACAGGUGGAGUCACCAACCGCUUCUUUUCACCUGACAGUGAGGAGUUUCGCCAGAGGGACGUAACACGUGGGAGGAUCACGCUAUUCCCCCCAGUUACCCCCCGCCCCCGAACAGGCACCCUGACCGCCCAGAGGAGGUGCUAGUGCAGCGACCAGGACACACACCCACACGCGGCUUCCCACCUGUUGUGUCUGUAGAGACACCCGACCAAGCUGGAGGUAACCCGGGGAUUCGAACCGGCGAUCCCUGUGUUGGUAGGCAACGGAAUAGACCGCCACGCCACCCCGACGCGUGUCUUUAAGCAUUUGUGUAUGAAGGUUCAUAGACAUGAUUUUUUCUUUCGUUUUUGAUAAUCUUCAGCCAUUAUCUUUUUAAAGACUUCCUCACAUCAGGUCUGCUGAAGAGAAGAAGACCUGCACACACUGAAGCUAACAUGUAACGUUAAUCACAACACAUUAAUCAAAUACUGGAGGGCAGGGGUGAUUUCUGUAGCCAUUCAUGUUUUUUCUUGUUCUGAUAAACUGCUCUUUCUGAA